GAGGAGGAGGCGGAGGCAGUCGCAUGCGAAGAGGCGCCCACGGUCGACGUAAUGGAGGACGACGAUCUGCGCCUCGGCGACGAGUUGGUCCUCUGCUCCUCCUUCUUCUUCGUGCACCGCAGCGUCUUCGCCCAGUCUGGGCCCAUGGCACCGUUCCAGCACCUGAAGCGCGACGGGACGCUGCAGUCGUGGCGCGUCACCAUCAAGAGCCUGACGGAUGGCGCCUUAUUGAAGACGCACGCCGUUGUCAGCGAUCCGUGGUUGACGAAGGCCCAUCCCGAUCUUGAAGAUAUUCAGCGCAAGAAGAUCAAGGCGUGGCUCGACGAGCAUCCUAAUAUUGAGUGGAUUUGGCUCGAUUGGUGCAGCAUCCCGCAAGAGACGGAAAGUCUGAAGCGGUCAUCAGAGGAGGAGGCCUAUUUCCGGGAUGCCCUGAAUUUCUCCAACACGUUGUACUUGUGCUUUCCAGUCUUAAUCCUCCAGGUAUUCUUGGCCUUCCGCACGUUCGAGGAGAAGAGCAUCAAGCCCGCUGCGGGGGCAGCCCAGCCUGCUGAGAUUCUGUGCGACGACCCGGCCGAGGCCUCGGCGCUGGAGGAGGAGUGGUCCCACGGAAGCAUGGAAGAGGCGUUGGCCCGCAUGUCGGAGGGCCACGUGAAAGUCAUGAACCAGAAGGAGAAGGCCCUGCAGGUAUCUCGCCUCAAGUUUCUGGAGCCGAUGCUCGGCCUGCUGCAGGAAUUUGAGGAGCAGCGCCAGGCCUAUCUCGCCGCGGCCAGCGGGGGCGAUGCGCUGGCGACCGCGGAGAGCUUAUUCUGGAGGGCCGAGCAGGCCAACCUGGCGGCGGGCGCCAGCCGUUCGGAGGGCUACGCCGACCUCCUUCAGAGCAUGGGGGCGAACCACCACAACCGCGGGCUCCUCGAGGAGGCGAUGGAGCAUUUCCGCUGGGCCGAGCAGGCCUACCUGGCGGCGGGCGCCAGCCGCUCGGUGGGCUACGCCUACCUGGCGGCGGGCGCCAGCCGCUCGGGGGGCUACGCCGGCCUCCUUCAGAGCAUGGGGGCGAACCACCACAACCGCGGGAUCCUCGAGGAGGCGAUGGAGCAUUCUCGCCGGGCCGAGCAGGCCUACCUGGCGGCGGGCGCCAGCCGCUCGGUGGGCUACGCCAGCCUCCUUCAGAGCGUGGGGGCGAACCUCGACGACCGCGAGCUCCUCGAGGAGGCGAUGGAGCACUACCGCCGGGCCGUGCA